GGGUUAGCAUUUUUCUCCCGUGGCGGAAGGAGACGAAUUGAAAUCCAACGUGUUGUUGCGCCCGGGCAGCAGAAUGAGGGGUUUGGAAUCGCAGCGCUGCAGAGCCUGAAGCAGGAGCGGAAUGGAGCGGAGAAUAAUGAUAUAGCAGCAUCGCAGCCAGCUCGGUCUCAGCAGCGCUCUCCGCACCCGACCAUUCCGAGGCAGCGGCGAGACACGGGCAUGAGAGCUCCGCGCUGAGCGGCCGCCGCGGGGGCAAGCGAGAGGGAGAAAGAUGGGCGCCGUGCUACGGAGUCUCCUGUUGUGUAGUUUCUGUUCUGUGAUACGAGGGGCGCCCCUUCUACUUUAUGCAAACCGCAGGGACCUGAGGCUGGUGGACGCCGCCCGCGGCCAGGGGAACGCCACGGUGGUGGUCAGCGGGCUGGAGGACGCGGCGGCGGUGGACUUCGUGUACUCGAAGGGUCUGAUCUACUGGAGCGACGUGAGCGAGGAAGCAAUCAAAAGAAUUGUCUUUAACCAAAGCGGGAGCGUGCACAGCGUGGUGGUCUCGGGGCUGGUGUCCCCCGACGGGCUGGCCUGCGACUGGCUCGGGAGCAAACUGUAUUGGACAGACUCGGAAACCAACCGGAUCGAGGUGUCCAAUUUAGAUGGAUCUUUAAGGAAAGUGCUGUUUUGGCAGGACCUGGAUCAGCCGCGGGCUAUUACUUUGGAUCCAGCGAGAGGGUAUAUGUAUUGGACAGACUGGGGAGAAGUUCCUAAAAUUGAACGUGCUGGGAUGGAUGGUACAAACAGAUCGAUAAUCAUAGAUCGCAAUAUUUACUGGCCAAAUGGACUAACUCUGGACUACAUUGAGAAGAAACUGUACUGGGCAGACGCCAAAUACAACUUCAUCCACCGAUCCAACCUCGACGGCACAUCAAGGGAAGUGGUCGUGGAAGGUUCUCUCCCCCAUCCCUUUGCCCUGACACUCUUUGAAGACACGUUGUACUGGACUGACUGGAACACCCACUCCAUCCACUCCUGUAACAAGACCUCUGGAAGCAACCGGAGAGAGGUCCACACCAACAUCUUCUCCCCCAUGGACAUCCAUGUCUUCAACCAGAAGAGACAGCCAGCCUUAGCAAAUAAUCCCUGUGGAGAGAACAAUGGUGGCUGUUCCCACUUGUGUCUGAUGUCUCCUGUGAAGCCCUUCCAUCAGUGUGCCUGUCCAACUGGGGUGCAGCUUCUGGGGGAUGGCAAAACCUGCAAAGACGGUGCCUCGGAACUGCUGCUGCUUGCUCGCCGCACAGACCUGCGGCGGAUCUCCCUGGACACGCCGGACUUCACCGACAUCAUUCUGAACCUGGACGACAUCCGGCACGCCAUCGCAAUUGACUACGAUCCCGUGGAAGGUCACAUCUACUGGACGGACGAUGAGGUGCACGCCAUCCGCAGGUCCUAUCUGGACGGCACCGGGAGCCAGUUUCUCGUGACGUCGCAGGUCAAUCACCCUGACGGCAUUGCUGUCGACUGGAUUGCCAGGAACCUGUACUGGACCGACACGGGCACGGACCGCAUCGAGGUGACACGGCUCAACGGUACCAUGCGGAAAAUACUCAUUUCAGAAGACCUCGAUGAGCCUCGAGCUAUUGUCCUAGAUCCUAUGUCUGGGUAUAUGUACUGGACAGACUGGGGAGAAAUUCCCAAGAUUGAACGUGCUGCUCUGGAUGGAACCGACAGGGUGGUGAUGGUCAACACAUCACUCGGCUGGCCCAAUGGGUUGGCACUGGACUAUGCUGAGAAGAAAAUCUACUGGGGGGAUGCCAAGACAGACAAAAUUGAGGUCAUGAGCAUGGAUGCAACUGGCCGCAGAAUCCUAGUGGAGGACAAGCUCCCCCACAUCUUUGGCUUCACACUGCUGGGGGACUUCAUCUACUGGACAGACUGGCAACGGCGAAGUAUUGAACGCGUGCACAAGCGUACCGCAGAACGCGAGAUCAUCAUUGACCAGCUGCCGGAUCUGAUGGGCCUGAAGGCUACAAAUGUACACCAAAUCAUAGGUACGAACCCCUGUGCUGAUGAGAACGGGGGCUGCAGCCACCUCUGCUUGUACAAGCCCCAGGGCGUGCAGUGUGCGUGCCCCAUUGGCCUGGAGCUCAUCAGUGACAUGAGCACCUGUAUCGUCCCCGAAGCCUUUCUGCUGUUCUCGAGACAUACUGACAUUCGCCGCAUCUCCCUGGAAACCAACAACAACAACGUAGCCAUCCCCCUCACGGGAGUGAAGGAAGCCUCCGCUUUGGAUUUCGAUGUCACGGACAAUCGCAUCUACUGGACCGACAUCACGCUGAAGACCAUCAGUCGGGCAUUCAUGAACGGCAGUGCCUUGGAGCAUGUAGUGGAGUUUGGGCUGGACUACCCUGAGGGCAUGGCAGUGGACUGGCUGGGUAAAAACCUGUACUGGGCCGAUACCGGGACCAACCGCAUCGAGGUAGCCAAGCUGGAUGGGCAGCACCGGCAGGUCCUGGUGUGGAAGGACUUGGAUAGCCCUAGGGCUCUGGCGUUGGACCCAGCAGAAGGUUUUAUGUAUUGGACAGAGUGGGGUGGAAAACCCAAAAUUGACCGAGCGGCGAUGGAUGGAACUGGACGCAUCACUCUUGUGCCAAAUGUAGGACGAGCAAAUGGCCUGACCAUUGACUACGCCGAACGAAGACUUUACUGGACUGACCUGGACACCACACUCAUUGAAUCCUCCAACAUGCUUGGCCAGGAGCGCGAGGUCAUUGCAGACGACCUGCCCCAUCCGUUCGGCCUGACACAGUACCAGGACUACAUCUACUGGACUGACUGGAGCCAGCGCAGCAUUGAGAGAGCCAACAAGACCAGUGGGCAGAACCGCACCAUCAUCCAGGGCCACCUGGACUAUGUCAUGGACAUCCUGGUGUUUCACUCCUCCCGGCAGGGCGGCUGGAACGCCUGUGCCUCCACCAACGGGCACUGUUCCCACCUCUGCCUGGCUGUGCCAGUCAGUAGCUUUGUCUGCGGCUGCCCGGCUCACUACUCCCUUAAUUCUGACAACAAGACCUGCAGCGCCCCUACAUCGUUCCUCCUCUUCAGCCAGAAAACUGCUAUCAAUCGGAUGGUGAUAGAUGAACAGCAAAGUCCUGACAUUAUCCUGCCCAUCCACAGUCUACGCAACGUGCGAGCCAUCGAUUAUGAUCCUCUGGACAAACAUCUUUACUGGAUAGAUUCCAAGCAGAAUGUCAUUCGGAGAGCGCAGGAAGAUGGUAACCAGAGUAUGACAGUCGUGUCCAGCGCAGUGACCAGUCACGGUCUUGGCAUGCAGCCCCACGACUUAAGCAUUGACAUUUAUAGCCGUUUCAUCUACUGGACCAAUGAGAUCACCAAUGUCAUCAAUGUUACCCGCACGGAUGGGCGGAGGGUGGGCGUGGUUCUGCGUGGCGAACAAGACAGGCCCAGGGCCAUCGUUGUCAACCCAGAAAGAGGGUACAUGUACUUCACAAACCUGCAAGACAGGUCCCCAAGAAUUGAACGUGCAGCCUUGGAUGGGACUGAAAGGGAGGUGUUGUUCUUCACUGGUCUAGGGAAGCCGGUUGCCUUAGCCAUAGACAAUGAACUGGGCAAGCUGUUCUGGGUGGACUCAGACCUACGCCGCAUCGAGAGCAGUGACCUAUCAGGUGCUGAUCGGAUUGUGAUUGAGGACUCGAAUAUCCUGCAGCCCGUAGGUUUGACAGUCUUUGGAAACCACCUCUACUGGAUCGACCGGCAGCAGCAGAUGAUAGAGAGGAUUGACAAGGUCACCCGAGAAGGCCGCACCAAGAUCCAGGCUCGCAUUGCCUCUCUGAGUGACAUCCACGCAGUCAGCGAGCUGGACAUGAGGGAAUACAGGAAGCAUCCUUGUACUUUGGAAAAUGGUGGCUGCUCACAUAUCUGCAUUGUGAAAGGUGAUGGUACCACACGGUGUUCUUGCCCUGUUCAUCUGGUACUGCUGCCAGACGAACUCUCCUGUGGAGAGCCUCCGACCUGCUCUCCGGAGCAGUUCUCUUGCUCUUCGGGGGACGUGGACUGUAUCCCCCAGGCUUGGCGCUGUGAUGGCUACCCAGAGUGCGAUGAUGGCAGCGAUGAGGAGGACUGCCCCGUCUGCUCAGACACACAGUUCCAGUGCGAUAGCCGGCAGUGCGUCGAUAUCAUCAUGCGCUGCAAUGGAGAGAUCAACUGCCAGGACAAGUCCGAUGAGAACAAAUGCGAAGUGCUUUGCCCAGUUGAUCAGUUCAUGUGCUCUAAUGGACAAUGCAUUGGAAAACACAAGAAGUGUGACCACAACACCGACUGCACAGAUAAUUCAGACGAGCUUGGCUGUUACCCUACAGAGGAGCCAUCCCCUCAGCCCACAAACACCAUCGGCUCCAUCAUUGGAGUGAUCCUCGCACUGUUCGUCGUGGGAGCAAUGUAUUUUGUUUGCCAGCGGGUGCUAUGCCCCCACAUGAAGGAUGAUGGAGAAACAAUGACCAAUGACUUUGUCGUCCAUGGAGCCUCCUCUGUGCCCCUGGGAUAUGUGCCACACCCUAAUUCCCUGUCUGGGUCAUUGCCAGGAAUGUCAAGAGGGAAGUCCGUGAUGAGCUCUCUCAGCAUUAUGGGGGGCAGCAGUGGUCCCCCUUAUGACCGAGCCCAUGUGACUGGGGCCUCAUCAAGCAGCUCCUCCAGCACCAAAGGCACUUACUUCCCCCCGAUCCUGAACCCCCCUCCAUCCCCCGCCACAGAGCGGUCACACUACACCCUGGAGUUUGGCUACUCUUCAAACAGCCCUUCUACCCACCGGUCAUACAGCUACAGGCCGUACAGUUACCGCCACUUUGCCCCACCCACCACACCGUGCAGCACCGAUGUGUGCGACAGCGACUACACGCCCAGCCGGCGGAUUAUAACGGCGGCCAAGGGCUACACCAGCGACCUCAACUACGACUCGGAGCCCUUCCCGCCCCCACCCACCCCACGCAGCCAGUACCUGUCGGCGGAGGAGAACUACGAGAGCUGCCCCCCCUCCCCCUACACAGAGCGCAGCUACUCCCACCACCUCUACCCCCCACCGCCUUCCCCCUGCACGGACUCCUCCUGAGCCCCCUCCCGCCCCCCUGCCCCUCCCCGAUCCCCUCUUCAUACUGUAAAUAUUCAGAAGAGAGAGACUAUUAUGAACGAGGAGGAGGGGAUGGGGAUUUUGUACAGUAUAAAAAAUAUUAAGACAGAGGGGGUUGGGCUGACAUGCUGGAGACACUUGUACAGUAAAGAAAAAAAUAUUUAUAUUUUCUAAUACAGCAUCUUCUGGUUGUGCCAUAGAAGUUUGUAUAUUAAAAUGAAUUUGUACAUUUUUUAAAAAAAAUAUGAAAUCGUCACAAACAGAAUACAUUGCCUUAAUCCAGGGGAUAUAAAUACUACCUUCUUAAGAGGCAGGAUGGCAAAAAAAAAUGCAUUGAAAUGCAAAGGUUCAUAUGGAAUUAUCUGAUGCCAAAAAGGAAAUGUUUGCUGUACCUGGGAGUGACUGAGCUGGGAGGUGGAGAAAACAAGCUCAGGAUGCAAGGGUAAAAUGCGUAAGAGCUUUUGUAAAGCAGCUUUGCGUGGGUUUGAUGCAGUGGCCACCUGAUCAGGAAUGAAUGUUGCAAUCAUGUCUUCAUGUAAGUAUGGAGAAAGCUCGUUUUUGAUCUGCAUGCUUCCUUGGCAGUUUUGAGCUAAAAAAAAUAAUGCAUCACAUUCUUAAAGGAGAAACCGUUCAAUGGAAUUUUCUCUCAAGAAAACCUCUUGCCCUGUUGAGUAAUCUGCCUGUUCUUAUUUUAUGUCAGGAUUGUUUGAAUUAGAAUGCAAAACUGGCACAUUAUUUUUCCAUUUCCACUUCUGAUGCGUUUUGGAACGCCUUUAAUUCUCUAAGUAAUUAAAGCAAUAACAGAUGGAAUAAUUUUGAUCAUCAAUUCUUGCAGCAUUGUUUUAUGAAUGUUCUCCGUGCCCCAUUUGUAUCAAGAGUUUUCUGCUCCAAUGGACAUACCCUGGGUGAAUACUCUUCCUUCCCAGGUUUUUUGAAAGAAGUAGUUUAUAACUUUCCUUCAGAUUCAUGUCUACUGUGCAAUGUGAGCUCAGCUGAGAAAGUGGAAGCCUGACCCUUGUGCUUGCUGUUGUGCAGUGUUGAUAGGACAGUCCUGGAGUGCAGAUAUAGAACAUUGCCUCAUGAGACAGGCAGUCAGAACAUGUGUGGCCACUUGGUCCUCAAAGGAUCCAAGAUGGACAGGCUGCAUUCAGAAGCAAUUAACCAAAAUCUCACGUUUUUAUCUUGAUUUCAUAGAAAUGUGCCAGACUGCUACUGUGGACACAGCUGUCUCAAAGGACAGAAACCCAAAGCAUAACGUGUUAUGUGGAUAUUGUGCAUCUGUCUACCACAUGCAGUUCAUAACUCUUUUCCCAACUAGUAGGGACAAAACUUUUUCACUUAACCAAGGACAAGCAAUCGUGCCUGACCAGUUUUAAACUGUUUUUAAUUAAAUUUUAAAUCCAGUGCCCGGAAAUGUUUUCAAUAUUUUUGUACCACAUAUUGUGUAGAUAUCGUAUUUAUAAAGCUAUAAAGAAGAAUCUUGUAUGGUUAGUUUAUUGUAAAUCUGUCCAUUAUAUCCUUGCAGUACUUUCCUACGUUCUUACAGUAUAUGCCUCAUUUUAUUUUUCUAUUAAGUGUUAGUCUGAAAGUUUGGAGACAAUCUAAGACAAAGACAAUUUAAAAAAGAUCCAGGUAUCGUUGUUUAUCCUGAGAAAUUACUGCUGUUGAUACUUUAAAGAAAAAACUAUUUUUAUAUUUCACUAGAUGGUGUGUUCAGUUAUUUCAGAUACUACAGUGCCAAAAAAAGUUAUUCGUACGAGUUUAGUGUAGCAGAGGUGACAUACCUUAACAAUCGGUACUAAUCAUUUUGAAUGUUAAAAUCGUAGACUUUAUACAGGUUUGCACUGCACAUGGUGCAAGAUUGUUGGCUGUCAUGAGUGUACUAGUACAAAUUGUUGCAUUCCCUGAUGGGUGUUUAAAUUGUUCCUAAUUGUAUAUUCGUAUAAUACACUUGUAUUCCAUCAAACUGUUUUUUUCCAGUUCUCCUUUGCUCUCUGUAAGCUGGCAGCCAUCGUUAAAAGAAGGGAGCUUCUCUCCUCAAAGCCUCUCUUUUUUUCCUGUGUGCACCCACUGUUUUUUCAAGUGUGAAUGCAAGAUUGUAUCUAGUCCCGUGUUUAGCUGAACUGUUAGGACUGUCCAUAAAGAAAACAAAAACAACCUAAGGGCUUUUCUGUUUUCUGUUGCCUGUGAGGUUCUGGUGUACAAAGCUGCACUUGGUGGAAAACAAUUGUAUUUAUCCUGUUGCUCUUUCUACAAAUCCAUUUUGUCUUAAGUUCUCGUUUGUGCUCCACCACAUCGUGCCCUUCUGAAUAAACUUUCUUUUGUGACAUCCAACAGAAUUUCUUUCAUCUUAAAGUUUUGAAGUUUGACUCUCAAAAACUGGAAAAAUUAGCUGACAACUGUACCUCAUCUCAUUUGUUAUGCAGGUCUAGAGUGGUUCAUGGACAAGAUUACCUAAUGCAGCUGCACAAUUCAGUGAAUACAUUGAAUUAUUCAUUUUUUUAAUUUAACAGCUUUGUUUUAACUUAUGGCCAGCAUGGUUUGUACUAGGUUUGACAUGUGAAUUGGAUAGUUGACAACUAAUCUUUGCUCCUGUUCUGGUGUAUUUUGUUGUGGUCAACAUAUCAAAGCCUAGUUUUGUCCUAUUUAAAGUACAUUAAAAAAAUUGUAUGAUCUGUUCAAAAGCCAUUUGUAACCAUUGUUAAAUUAGUUUGUUUUUUGGAAAGAUGGUUGUUACACAACUGUUUUCUAUUCAUUUCAGGCCUCUAAAUAGUACUGUUAUCUUUUACAAACUGACAACCUGCUGUUGGCCUUUUUUAGCAGACUAGGAAUCUAUACCAGCCCGAUAUUCAGGGAACCAAGCAAAUUGAGAACUAUUUGAACUUGAACUAUUCUUUAAAAAUGGCUUAGGUCAAAGUUAUAAGCGGCUAAUUAUAACAAAACAUUAUAUUGAUGAUAUUCCUCCAGUAAAACUGAUCCUAUCAGUUUGAUUAUUGCAGUUCCUUAGUGAACAUUUAGACAUGUCUGUCGGUCAUCUACCAAGCAGCUGAAACUGGUAGCUUUUUUCACAGUUUCCAAAUGGUCAUUUUAUUAAAAACCUUGCAUUCUUAUGUUCAUAAUGACUUUUUAUUGUAGGGUUUUAUCAGAAGUUGCAUUUUAUGAGCCGGUAUUUCAGAAAGGCCUUUGUAGUUUGUGCAGGUUUUCUGUUCAGAGUGGUUAGGAAGGGAAACAAAGAAGGGGUAGGCUGUAUUUUUUUAAGCUAAUGGAAUUUUAAGCAGCUAACGUUAACUUCUCAAUACUAUCCCUGGUCAUAAAGGUGCAAGGUUUUUAAAUUUCUCACUAGUAUUCUUUUAUUGUUGAGGUGCAUUUACAUAUUUUUCAAAGUGAGCGAGAGAAAAAUUAAUGUUUUAGCUAUACUGGCAUGUUGAUUAGUUUUAUGACUUGAAAAGAUUUGGUUAUUUUAACUUUAGGUAUCACCAUUAGAGGAAAUAAAUGCUUGUCAUACAUAUACUGUUACAACCCAGAGUAACAUACUGAAGAGUUCAGAUAGCUAGCCAUAAGAGGCCCUCCCUUCCAAGAUGGAAUCAGACCUUUACUUGUGUGGAGAUAAAAUGUCCAUUUGAGUUGGCAAAAAGGGAUUCAGAAAAUUAGUUCACAUCAGCUCAUUGUGUGCCACAUUGUUCCACACAUUUAGGAAGUGGUUUUUCAUUGCCCCGUUGGGUAUGUUGCCAUUCGUUGUGAGGAAAACGGCAGCCUUUGUAUUCCGUUUUAGAGAAUAUUUAGCAUAUUGUGUUGUACAACAGAAAAAGAAAGAUUGAAUAUAGAUGGUCUUUUUUAAUAAAAGUGUAAUGUUACAUAAUUCCACACGCAACCAUCUGAUGAUAGUUAUCACAUUUAAAAAACCAGACCACAAAAGAAAAUUGUCAAGUUUUUUUAGUCUUAAAAUUUACUAAAUGAAUUGGGGGAAAAUUGUAAUGUAUGUUUAAUGACUUGGUAAACUGAUUUAGUGUUGGAUUUGACUGAAGCAAAACAAGUUUAACAGGAAGCAAAGGAAAUAAAUUCUUGCAUGUUUAAACCACAUCAGCACCAAGGAGAUGACUGUAUCCUUGGUAAAAUAGAAUUAAAACUGGACAUGGCUUUUCAAAACCAUUUUGUUCCAUUUGUUUAGGUCCUGUUCCUCUAAAGACGGCACUCUGAAGGUUAUGUAAGGAUAAAUAUUAACGGGAAUUGCUGCUCUUUUUGUUAACUUGUAUAGCCACAGUCUUCAUAAAUGGUCUGCUAUUUCCUUUGGGUUAUUGUACUGAGGUUUAGUUUUCAUAGGUGGUAAAUACAGGAUGUCCUCGCAAAACCCUUUUUAACCAUGGAAAUUGUUCUGGGAUUCAUCCCAGAAAAAGAUAUGAAAAGAGUAAUUUCUUUUUUCUGAUGUUUUUUUCUGGUUCAGACAUGAUUUUUUUCAUAUACUGUACAAAUAACUGCUAUCAACUCAGUUUAGAAGGGAGAGGUUGCAGUAUGCUUUCAUGUCUUGUUUUACCUUUUUAAUUCACACACAAACCGCAUCUGUUUAAAACUGGGACCUGCUCACUGCUGAAAUGACCGUUCUCUGUUUAAACAUUUUAUUUUUCACUGCUGCUUCUUUCAUCUAAUUUCCAGGCAAAGCCGGCAAAUUUGAUUCCGACCUCCAUGUCCAAUCUAGUUCCCUUCAUUCGCCCGGUCUUGAAUCUUUCCCUUCGUUCCAGAACAUCUUUUGAGCACUUCAUUUUAAAUUCUUGAAAAUUAUGGUAACAUGGCAAUAUUUUUGGUAAUUACUGUUACUUGAAACAAUUCCCUCAGACUUAAAACCAGUGCAUGAUCCUUAAGUUUGGUUGCUUGCCAUUUGUAGAAAGAUUGUUUUGGAAAUAGUCACAAAUUGUUAUGAGACAUUUUUUACUUCUCUCCUGCAAAUAAUAGAAUAUGACUGUCAUUGUAGUAAUUUCUGGCCUCUAAUUUUUGAUGGAAUUUAAGCAGGAAAUGCUGUAGAUCAAGUAUUAAAAGCAAUUUUGGUGUCAUGUAAUUGCAGAGCUACAAUACGUUUGGGAAAAGUUGCUAAAAGCUGCAAGGUCUUGUUUGCAUUUGUUUGAUCCAUUUUGAUACCAUGGUGCUUUGCAAGGAUGUAUAUUCAAAAUGACCAACAUUUGGUUAGUUCUAUCCAUUAUUUCCACUAACAACCCUUACUUUUGUAAAUUAAAUGCUUUACAUGUAAGCUGUGUAUAAAACAAACGUGUACAGCCCUUUCAGUAACUAUUAUAAGCUGUUGUAUCAAAUGAAAUGUUGAUUUUUAUAAUAAAAUUGAAAUUUUACCUUG